AUGUCUUUGUCUGGAAAAGUAGCCCUGAUCACCGGCUCCUCUCAGGGAAUUGGCAAGGCAACAGCCCUUCGACUUGCCAGCGAAGGUGCCAGCCUAGUCAUCAACUACCGUUCGGACUCAGCUGCAGCUAACAGCGUGGUUGAGCAAAUCGGCCCGGACCGCGCCCUGGCCGUCCAGGCCGAUGCCUCCAAACUACCAGAUCUAGAUCGGCUGGUCGAAGCAACAGUCGCCAGAUUCGGCAAAAUUGAUAUCCUCAUUCCCAAUGCGGGAAUUCUAGCUAUGAAGGACCUGGAAAAUACGACGGAGGAGGACUUUGAUAAUUCUCAUAACCUGAUGGUAAAGGGACCAUAUUUUCUGGCGCAGAAAGCUGCAAAAUACAUGCCGCCUGGAGGACGCAUCAUCUUCGUUUCUACCAGUCUCAAUGCUGUAUCGAGUAUUGCACCUGCCUAUCUUCUCUAUGUCUCAACCAAAGGUGCCAUCGAGCAGAUUUCCCGUGUUCUCGCUAAAGAUCUUGGACGGAGAGGUAUUCUGGUGAAUGCAAUCGCCCCUGGUCCGACAAGUACUGAGCUUUUUAUGGAGGGAAAGUCGGAGCAGAUUCUUAAGGCGAUCGCUGGGUCUAAUCCAUUCGGCCGCAUUGGAGAGCCACAAGAGAUCGCGGCCGUGAUGUUGUUCUUGGCUGGGAAAGAUAGUAGCUGGAUGUCUGGGCAGGUUGUGAGGGUCAACGGUGCUAUGGCUUAG